CGUAUAGUCUGCGCAUUACUAGUUUCUGUGAAGGUUGCAUCACUACACGUGAAGUUAGGGUAUUCGCGUCUUUUCUUAAGUUUUUUCGUAAAUUUCAAAAACUAAAACGUGUAAAAUCAAAAUGCUGGCCGCUGCAAGAUUGUUGACUCGUAGUUGUAGCAACAUAACCUGCGACAUUAGUAGAAAACAACAAUUCAGCACAAUUCUUAAAAAUGCUGCGGCUCCUGUAUUCAGCGUACCCCAACGAUUUACAGAUCUGCAACAAUACAGACACAAAUCCGAAGGUGUGAAAGGUGCUGUUAUUGGCAUUGAUCUUGGAACAACAUUUUCAUGUGUAGCAGUUAUGGAAGGAAAACAAGCCAAAGUUAUUGAAAAUGCAGAAGGUUCACGAACGACUCCAUCUUACGUAGCAUUUACUAAAGAUGGAGAACGUCUAGUUGGUAUGCCAGCUAAACGUCAAGCAGUUACAAAUUCAGCGAACACAUUCUAUGCUACAAAACGACUAAUUGGACGAAGAUACGACGACUCUGAAGUAAAAAAAGAUAUGUAUGUAUAUUUUAUAUACAUGUUAAUAAAUGUUGAAUAUUUUUGUUUUUUAAAUGGCUAUAAUUUUAGGAAAGCUGUUUCUUAUAAAAUUGUUCGUGCCUCUAAUGGAGAUGCAUGGGUACAAGGAGGUGAUGGCAAAAUGUAUUCUCCUAGUCAAAUUGGUGCAUUUGUACUCAUGAAGAUGAAGGAAACAGCAGAAUCAUAUUUAAGUACAUCAGUGAAAAAUGCUGUAAUUACUGUUCCUGCAUACUUCAAUGAUUCACAAAGACAGGCUACUAAGGAUGCUGGUCAAAUUUCUGGACUUAAUGUACUUAGAGUAAUUAAUGAACCAACAGCAGCUGCUCUUGCAUACGGCAUGGACAAAACAGAAGAUAAAAUUAUUGCAGUCUAUGAUUUAGGAGGUGGUACUUUUGAUAUUUCAAUUUUGGAAAUUCAAAAAGGAGUCUUUGAAGUUAAAUCCACAAAUGGAGAUACCUUCUUAGGAGGUGAAGAUUUUGAUAAUGCAUUAGUUAAUUAUCUUGUAUCAGAAUUUAAAAAAGAUCAAGGUAUAGAUGUAACUAAGGAUGCAAUGGCUAUGCAACGAUUGAAGGAAGCAUCUGAAAAAGCAAAGAUAGAAUUGUCUAGUUCUUUACAAACUGAUAUAAAUUUACCUUAUUUAACUAUGGACUCUAGUGGACCAAAACAUUUAAACCUUAAACUUUCAAGAAGUAAAUUUGAAAGUCUUGUUGCUGAUUUAAUUAAACGUACUAUUCAACCAUGUCAAAAAGCACUUUCUGAUGCUGAAGUAACAAAAUCUGACAUUGGUGAAGUAUUGUUAGUUGGUGGUAUGACAAGAGUACCUAAAGUUCAACAGACUGUACAAGAAAUUUUUGGUCGACAACCAUCCAAAGCUGUAAACCCCGAUGAAGCUGUUGCUGUAGGUGCUGCAGUUCAAGGUGGCGUCCUUGCUGGUGAUGUAACAGAUGUUCUUCUUUUGGAUGUUACUCCUCUAUCACUUGGUAUUGAAACAUUAGGUGGUGUUUUCACACGAUUGAUUUCUCGAAAUACCACAAUUCCUACUAAAAAAAGCCAAGUGUUUUCUACUGCUGCUGAUGGUCAAACUCAAGUAGAAAUCAAAGUACAUCAAGGCGAACGAGAAAUGGCUAGUGACAAUAAACUUUUAGGACAAUUUACUCUUGUUGGAAUUCCACCUGCGCCUAGAGGAGUACCACAAAUAGAAGUUGCAUUUGACAUUGACGCUAAUGGUAUUGUUCACGUAUCUGCUCGAGAUAAAGGCACUGGAAAAGAACAACAAAUUGUUAUUCAAUCCAGUGGUGGUCUUAGUAAGGAUGAAAUUGAAAACAUGGUUAAAAAUGCUGAACAAUAUGCUAAGCAAGAUAAAAUUAAAAAAGAAAGAGUUGAAGCUGUGAAUCAAGCUGAGGGCAUUAUUCACGACACAGAAUCCAAAUUAGAAGAAUUUAAAGCACAGUUACCACAAGACGAAUGUGACAAACUCAGAGAAUUGGUUGCAAAAGUGCGAGAAACAUUAGCUAAGAAAGAUGAUACAGAACCAGAAGAAAUUAAAAGACAAACAAAUGAAUUGCAACAAGCGAGUCUUAAAUUGUUUGAAAUGGCUUAUAAGAAGAUGGCUGCAGAACGAGAAGGACAAGGUCGAAAUGAACAGCAGCAACAGCAACAACAGCAACAAGAAGAUGGACCUGAAAAGAAAGAAGAGAAGAAUUAAUUCUCGAAUAAUUGACAAACAGUGGUGGUGUGACAGGCCAAAGCCGGGUCACUUUUACUCGUAUCAAAAUUUUCAUUAUACUUAUUUUGGAACUAGGUUUCAAAUACUAAAUAUCAUUUAAUAAUGUUUAUAAUUUAAAAAAUGGAAGAAACAAUUUAUAAAUAUAUUUAUAAAUAUAUUAUUUUAUGUACAUUGUGCACAUAAAAUAGAAUCUCUCAUCACGUGUUAUUUAUAUAUUUCAGGAAUUUUACUGUAUACUGUACUUGUUAUUACUUGUACUGUUACAUUAUCUUGAACGUUUAACACAUUCAGUCGAUGAUUACUUUGUUAGUCGAUCAACACGUGCUUUAACAACUGAUCAAAGUAACCUGGCAUGGACUGGGCGAAAAUUAAUUACAUUUAAACAAAAAAUUAAUUGUGCACACACAACUAUAAGAGCAUCAAUCGUUGCUCGAGGAAAAUGCAUUUUUAUAUAGCAUGCAACAAAAUUAUAACAAAAUUAAUUUUGCACUAUAAUUUUUGAGCAUGUUUAAAUUAGUAUAAUAAAUUUAAAUCUGAAAAAUAAAGUACGUAAAGAAUAUUUUGAAAAUGAUCAGAUUUAAAAACCUGAUUACCGGUUGGUAAUGAACAAUUUAAGAAAUUGAAUAUGUAAAUGUGAAUCUUUAUGAAGAAGCUAUACAUAGUAUGUUAUUUAUUACAUAUUAACAAUUUGAUAAAAGCAAGCCAAAUUGCAAACUGUACAUAACUGCUUACCUCAUAGCAUUUAUUGCUAUCAGAUUUGCUAUUAUAUUCAAGGAGCGUGCUGCAAAUGCAAGCACGUUUAACAGUAGUAAUGAAAAUUGAAAAACAAGAAAUGCAAUCGUAAGACUUUAUUAAUUUAGUAUGAAUGUGGAAGAAAAUAGAGAGAAUGCAAUGAGUGCUCGAUCCAUAACAAAUUAGAAAAUAUGCGAUAUGUAGAUUAUUUUAGGAAAUGUUAUAUUAUGUGUAACCAUGUUAUUAAAAUUUUUUAUUUGAAAUACAA